AUGGCUUGUAAAGGCCCUUCGAAGCUAUUGAGCACGCUCAAAGCACUGAUCAACGCUCCUCAUGCCUCACCAGGAGUGACAACGCCCUCGACGAGGUUCGCUGGUGCUCUAAAAGAACUUGUCUACGAGGCUCGAGAAAAAGGCGUGGGAUGGCGGGCCUGGAUGACAAUUUCUGCUGCAACAUCCACGACUCUGAAUUGUCCUCAACCUUGGUCCAUAGUUGACAAUCAACAUAAUGCCCUUGACCCAACUGUCAGUAGCGCCGAGCUGGUGCGCGAAAUUGGGCUGAAAUGCAUUUCAUUCAGUGGCGUGGCGAGGACGAUUAACUGCUUGACAGCAUUUCAUGCCGAUUUACCAGAAGACGUUGCACAAGAGCUCGCGAGGAGAAGACCAACCCGCGGUAUGGUAGGCAACAAUUUCGAAAGAUUCCAAAAAUACAUGUCGGGCGGGUGGAAGUUGUGGAACUCGAUCUACAAAGAGCACCAGGCCCGUCUUUACCAGAAACUCGGGGAUGUGCAUCCAGAUCUAGCCCCUUACAUUCUCUUUGGGCACUACGGAGGCCUUUUGGCUGAGAUAUCUGAUGAGGGUAUGAACGUCCCGGGCGUGAGGUUGGGACGUGGUCUGACCAGCGUUGCCGCUGUUGCCGCGUUGCGUGCUCAGACAGGGGUCGGCAGGCAGGUCACGAGUCACAUCUUCGGGUUGAUAAAUGCCUACGCCCUCGGAGCCGUAUAUGAGGACGGUGAACCUGAAGUCGUAGGGGAGAGUUGCUGGCUUCGGAUGAGGUUACUUGCUGGUUACUUGAGACUGUGGAUCAGCUUCGCACCAGCAUUGUAG